AUGGAGGCGGAGUUGGGUCUUCCAAGUAACUACAGGUUUGAGAUUGAGAAGUGUGCCCGACGCAUAAGGGAAAAGGGCGCUACGCGCGUAGCCCUCCAGUUUCCCGAGGGCCUUCUGAUGUUCGCUGCGCCAAUUGCUGAUAUUCUCGAGGAACAGACGGGAGCUGAGAUGGUAAUUCUGGGUGAUGUUACAUACGGCGCCUGCUGCGUAGACGAUUAUUCGGCCCUAGCGUUGGGUUGUGACUUCUUGAUUCACUAUGGUCACAGUUGCCUUAUAUCGAUAAAAGAUUGUCUGAUAAAAAAUAUGAUGUACGUGUUUGUCGAAAUUGACAUUGAUGUACAACAUUUCGUUGAUACCGUUCGCUCCCUUGUCCCCCCAGAGACUCGCCUGGCCUGCAUUGCAACGAUUCAGUUCGUUUCUUCCAUGCGCGCUGGGGUUCAGAUGUUAGAGAACCACUUUCAUCAGCCUGUUGUUGUGCCACAAAAUAAGCCGCUCUCAAGGGGGGAGUUGUUGGGUUGCACGAGCCCAGUACUGGACCCAACGGCUGUGGAUCUUGUGCUGUACGUAGGUGAUGGACGUUUCCAUCUUGAAGCUUUUCUAAUUGCUCACCCAACAUUAAACGCUUUACAAUAUGAUCCUUACAAGAAGACAAUGACAACAGAAAGCUACAACACGAGCGAAAUGAGAACUCUGCGGCGCGAGGCGGUCCAAUUGGGAAAAGCCGCUAGUAGUUUUGCACUUAUUAUGGGAACGUUAGGACGUCAGGGAAACCCACGGUUGGUAGACCGCAUAAUGCAACUUGCGGAGAAGCGAGGAAAAACAGUCACCCUCUUUCUCAUGUCCGAAAUCUUCCCUCAGAAACUGGCAAGAAUUCAGGAUGUUGACUGCUAUAUUCAGGUAGCAUGUCCAAGACUUUCCAUCGACUGGGGAUACGCGUUCGAUAAGCCUCUAUUGUCACCUUAUGAGGCAGAAGUAGCCUUGGGAAACGUAAACUGGAACGACGUACAUUACCCAAUGGACCAUUAUUCAAAGGACGGAGGAAAAUGGGCUGUCUACACAAACAAAUCCCUAUAA